UGCUCUGGUAUAGAUUUAAGGACUAUCAAAGAAAUCCUAUGUCUAUCAAAGCAAUGCUAUUCAAAUAUAUUAUCCUUUCUAAAAUAAAUUUAUGGAAAACUUCUAUUAAUCUCACCCAAUUCUUAUCAUAUUACCUUGUGGAAUAGUAUUCAUUGUCGAUUAGACUAAUCGGGAAUUUUUCAAUAUGUCGCAGUUCUACUAUAGUAUGCCGACCAACAUUGCUACCUUGUAGUCACAUGGUUUGCAGGUUUGCUCUGUGUGUGUGUGUGUGUUAUGUGUAAGUGAUGCUUUUAAUGAACUACUUAUAAUAUAGCUAUGCAUGUCCGCUUGAUCACACGCAGAAAGUGCGUUAUAGAUAAGAGAUGUCCUCUUUGCCGAAGUUUAUUUCAUGCAGAUAUCAAACCUUUUACGCAACUGGAGAGAAUUAUAAGCAUAUUCAAAGCCCUGGAUGAUGCUAUGUUUUUUAGUGUUCGGGAACAAGGCCGUCAAUCUAUAGCAGAUCACAAUGCUGAUGAGAACAGACAAGGGUCUCAAGUUGACACAUGUCGUAACACGAAUUUUUCUUCAGGCAUUGAAUUGCCAUAUAAAGCUAAUCAUCUCUCAAGGCAGAGUGCUAGCAAAGAGAUUUUACAAAAUGGUGUUUCUUUGAAGAGAAAUUUACAUGAAAGCAAUAAUUGUACUAAAGAGAAAUUGGAAGGACUGGAACGUAACUUAUUUAAUGAAAGUCCAAACAAUUUAGAAUCACAUCCAUCCCCCUCCAGAGUCCUGACUGCAAUUAUGCCCAGAGAUGGUUUAGCAAGCAGAGAACUUGUAAAUUUUGGUAGCAAAACUCAUACCUGCAAUGCUGGAAAUAGUGUCUGCGAUACUGGAAAUGGCACCUUCAUUAACCUAGAGGAACCAUUCACUCCGCCGUCAAUCCAUGAUUCUAAGAACCCGGAAGACAACAGAGACCGGUCCAGUAACCGUGAUUCUAAGAGAUUAUCCACAGAGGGUUUGCCCGAAGAAAUGACAGCUCAGACCUCUGCAAAAAAACAAGUUGCACAGUUUCCUUUUACAGAUCCUUCUGCUGGUGAGGCUUUACAAUCCGGGAAAUCAAAUGGUGCCAAGACUCAUAUUCCUGUUUCCCCAUCUGAAGCAGACAAUGUUAGAGAAGUAAAGAGACAGAAAUUGAACAUAGAGCAUGGAGGUGACUGUAAUGACAAACAACUUGGUAUCACUGAUCAUGCAUAUGCUGAUGCAGCUGUGAAAUGCGCAUUUUGUCAUUCCUCUGAGAUUACAAAGUUUACUGGGCUAAUGCAGCAUUACAUUAAUGAAAAACCUGCACGAAAGGAAGAAAUAAACCUGUCAAACAUCAAGCAUGUUCAUGAGAAAUGCUUUGAAUGGGCACCCCAAGCAUAUUUUGAGGGUGAGAUUGCUAAGAAUUUGGAGAGUGAACUAGCUCGUGCUUCAAAGAUUAAAUGCAGCAAAUGUGGGCGAACUGGGGCAGCUCUUGGUUGCUUUAUCAAGAAUUGUAAAAGGAGCUAUCAUGUUCCAUGUGCCAACAAGCUGCCAGGAUGUCGAUGGGAUAAGAAAAAUUUCAAUCUUCUUUGUCCCUCUCAUUCUUCACACCAGUUUCCAUCUGAAAGAGCAAAGGUCAAAUGGAUGACCAAGGGUAAACGUUCUCCACGAAUACGUGAUAAGUGCAAAACAAGAGGGACAGCAAAAAAAAAAUGGUCAUCGGCUCAAAUUAUUCCAGGGCAGUCGGCAUCUAUAGCUGAAGAACAAAAUCGUGAACUUUGGACACCUGAACCUGGUGUUUGUCAUGACCUGGUGUUAUGUGGAUCUGAUCUCUCCCCACCAGAUUCGGCGGAUCUUGAAAAGCUUGCAAGUCUGAUUGGUGCAUCAGUGACAAGCAUAUGGAAAUCAAAUGUUACCCAUGUCAUUGCAUCCACGGAUGAGUACGGUGCAUGCAGCAGAUCGAAGAACGUCCUCAUGGCUAUUUUGAAUGGAAAAUGGGUACUAACAAUAGAGUGGGUCAAGGCAUCCAUGGAGGCCAAGUCCCCUGUUCCUGAAGAGACUUAUGAAAUUAGCCGUGAUUGCUAUGGUGCCAUUAGUGGCCCGAAAAAAGGAAGAACUAGAGCAAUGCAAAAGGGACCAAAGAUUUUCUCCGGAUUAUGCUUCUAUUUCUGUGAUCAGUUCGAUCCUCUCUACCGAAGUUUCCUUGAAGAGAUUGUUCUUGCUGCAGAUGGAAAGGUCUUGAAGAAUGUAGAGGUGGCAAUAGAGGGGUUAAACGCUAAUGUUUUUUCUCCAGGGUCUUCCUUUAUUGUUUUCAGUGAAGACCCUCCACAAAUGAGCAUGUUAGUAGAUCUCGAGGAGAUCGCAAGAAAGAGAUGCGAAGAAGUUGGAGCUUUGGAAGAAAAAACUGGUUUCAAAGUUAUUGGUCAUAUGAAGCUCUUGGAUCACAUUGCUUCAUGCAGUUCUGCUGUUGAUCUUGCAGAAGCUGCUAUUCAAUGACCAGAGAAAUUUGCAGAUUGUAUCUUUUUGUACAUUGUUGAAUAUGUCAUUUUUGGUAUGGCAAAUCAAUUUGUUUUUUGUUUCUUA